UCAUGUGGCAUAGAUUCUAAAUAUCGGACAGGGAGGAAAAACAUGCGUCCACGUUGCUCUAACUGACCCUGAACGUAACAGGAUGCCGAUGUCGCAUGAACGCAACUUUCACUGCAUUCGAAAAUGCACGCUAAACGUCCUCGAAACGAAUUUGCAGGUAAAACGAUCUGCGUUCGAUUCCGCUUGUCAAUCAGUUUUUCUACGCGAUAAUUACGAAGCGGUAACGAGACCACAAGGAUACUCAUUCACCACAAAUCAAUUGCCAUUAACCUUUUACGACAGCAGUUAUGCGCCGACAAAAUUUAUUACUCGGAUAUCGAAUUCAGGAAUUUCGGAAGACUCGACACAGGGUCCGACCGCCAAAAAGCUGGACCACGAGCCAGAAAUGCGAAACACGGAUGAACAACACCGAAUGGCAGCUCGAUAAAGCGGAAUCGUAGGAGAGACCGAGAGAGUCGCACGAAUUCCACGGAUAAAAUGUGUGACUCUGCUCGUGACUAAUGUUUCGUCAAAUGAUACAGUUGACGGAAAACCUUGGAUGCCUUCUCGUCGUGUCUCGUGUGUUCACCUGGCGGCGAAACGUGUUUCUCGAGCUGCCAAGACGUUUUGCGAGCACGCGUCUAUAGGGUGUUGCGAAGAAAAGAGUAACACGAGUGCUUUCGAACGAUAGCGCAUUCAUCGAGAGUCUGGUACUCCGUAUAGCGGGUAUUAUUUAUAUCAUGACCCUCCGUCACGUUCUCAACAAAUCUAUAAGCUCGAAAAUAUCGUGAGAACGUUUUUUGUAGACCAACAAACUUACUGCAUAGAAUUACGAAAUAAAAAAAAAUUUCUAGUGAUGGAUUUGAACGUGCGAAAUUUUUAUUAUGAGUUUGUGCAUUAUACCACCUGAGCAACUUCGCUAUCUUACAAAUUUUUGUAAUAUACUUAAUAAGUGUAGAAGUUUAAUAUUAAACCUAACUAUCUGUAAUCUAUACCCAAAAUUUAUAUUGCAUUCCAACAAUGGGUUUAUUACGAAGUAAAAAAAAAAUUUCUAGUGAUGGAUUUGAACGUGCGAAAUUUCUAUUAUGAGUU